AUGAUGAAGCGUCGUCGCCUCAUGGAGGAGCCAACGGCUCCAGCUGCGGACCGCGUUGAUCCACUGGAAGAUCUGAAGAAUCUCAAGAGCAUCGGCGCACUGUUUGACCUCCAACGUCGCUUCAACGUGCUGGACAGCGAGAGCGACUGGGGCGACAACAGCGAGCGACUGGAGCUUCUUGCAGAGAUGAAACGGACCUUGAAACAGGGCAGCGUCUCAUAUCAAAAUCCAUUUGGCGGUGAUGACACUGAAUAUUUCUUGGACUCAUUUUGCGAACUGUUGAAGCACGAACAGAAGGCUUUCUUCAAAAUUGCUCAGAGUUGCACAACCCAAGGAGGUGGAGCUGUGCUGAACUUUGAGGAAGGAUUCGCAUCUCCCUCCAUCGGCCGUUUAAUCACCGAAGAGGACCUUCGUCAGGUGCUCUUGGCGCCGCUGGAGCCGCCCUUUUACGUCGACCCGACGAAGGGAUCCGAUGAACAGAGCGGAUCCCAACGGGCGCCGGUGGCAUCCUGCGACAAGGCCCAAGAACUUGUUGAGGAAUACCUGAAGCAUCGCGGGCUUCCCUGCAAUAGCCUGGAUGGCAAGAUUGCCAUCAAAGUGACCUGCAGACCUGAGUCCUGCAGGCUUCUGAAGUGCUGUGAAGCUGGUUGCCCCAACCAAGUGUGCAAAACACAUGGUGAUGGCAAAGGCAAAUAUUACAGCAACAAUGAUCUGAUGGUGAGCUACCACCACUUCCAAGUGGGCAGCUGCCAAUGGGGAGAUUGCGAUGUUGCGUAUUGUCCUCGUCAUACUGCGAAGAUGGGGUACUGCCAAGUCUGCAAAAUGAAUGGCGAUGCCCAGGCGCACGUGAUCGAUCAAAACUGCCCCGAAGCGGACCUCUUCUCCUUCUGCAGCCAGCACUUGACCCGCUGCACGGAAAAGCUGGAGGAUGAGGAGGUGAGCCAUUCUUCUUAAGGACGAAAACGGGAACACCGCGGAGUGUGGAUUUGACUGCUGUCCUAGCUGCAUUGAUGAGCACAGAUGUGGCUAUGACCCUUGUGAUUACAUUUGAGCACCGUUCAAAUUUCCCGGUUGGUUGAUGAUUGUGGGGGGUUACACUGUCC